AUUUAAGCCACAGAUGCUAAACGCAGAACGGACGGUGAAAUGUCAAUAAUGUCAGUGUCAAUGUCAAACCUUAUACCAAACAAUUUUCUAGUAAAAGUGCUUUAUUUGUGUGAUUGAUGAUAAAUAUUAAUGCAAUUAUAAUAAUUAUAUGGUGCAAUUUAUGCAACUUUCUUUUUGUUGUUAACCUAGAUAAUAAAUGCACGAAUAACUAGUGAAAUUUCUUCGAUGGCAACCUAAACAAACUCUACAAACAUGUGUGAUACAACAAAUAAUAAUGCAAUCUCCUCUACUGCGGUGCAUCCCUUAAUUCCCAAAGAAAGAAACGGGGAAUGUGAAUCUGCUGAAGAAGUGGUUACCUCAGAUACCGAGGAUUAUCUAGCGGAAUCGCUCAGAUACAGGAAUUUUCAAUACUCUAUGCAACCUAGUGAUUCAAAUAUCACUCUAGUGACUCAAAAUAUGACGAUAAAUGAUCAGAAUGAAGACUUUUAUGCAGCUGCUAGUGAUCCAAGUAAUAUACAGAUUCCUAUUGUUGGGUAUGAAAUUAUGGAAGAGAGAGCCAGGUUUACUGUUUAUAAGCUGAAAGUCGAAAACAAAGUAACUGGAGACUUCUGGUAUGUUUUCCGAAGAUAUACUGAUUUCAUAAGGUUGUGUAACAGAUUCAGGAAUAGUUAUCCAGAAGUAGUACAGUAUUUGCCAAGGAAACGAUGGUUAAAAAACAAUUUUGAUCCUAUCUUUCUUGAAGAAAGAGUGAAUGGGCUUCAAACAUUAGUAAAUGCUAUACUUGCUGUACCUGAUUUGGUUGCUUCACAAGAAAUUCAAGAUUUCUUUUGUUUGAAUGAACCACCAUUGUAUUCAGAGACUAGUGAAGAGUCUAAGGCAAUAUUUGAAGCUUUGGAGGAGACUAUAUCCGAUCUCAAACAGCAGCUGAGGGAAAAAGAGGCAUUGGUUGAAUCCUUGGAAACAAAAUUGCAUACAGUUGAUACCGAAAAUCAGAACCUUAGAAAAUUGAUAAGGAACUCUACUAUGAACUGUCAAAAAUGCCAAAAGGAAUGUGAGAAUUUCACCAAACUGUUUAAGUGAUGCCAUGUAUUAUACAGUUUAAGGUGCAAACAUAUACAACUUAUUUUAGGCUGUUUAAAACCUAUUAUGGUCUAAUUAUUGCAAUAGGCUGUUUUUAGGUAAAUAUUUACAAAAGCUGAAUCAUUUUUGACUGAGCUGUAUGACAGGUUUUUAAGAUAUUUGUCCCCCAUAUUGAAUAACUAAUUCCUACUUUGCAAUAGAGCUAGAUGAGUUUUUUUAGGAAAGUAGACAGACCAGCCAGAACCAACCAUACUUGGUUGAAAUUAUUUACCAAAAAUACCAUGUAGAGGUGCCUUAAAUUUGGAGCUUAGUGUCUCAUACCUUGCAGAUACACUUGGUAUAACAUGCUCACUUGAUUUCAAUUUUUAAUAUCUUGCAAAGAUUCUUGAUCAAAUAGAGGUUAUUAGACAAGAUACAUCAUUGAAAAUACAUUUAAUUUUUAAGUAAACACAGUGAACUAGACCAGUAAUUAUAAAAAAGUCAAAAGAUACUAAAUGGUGCUAUAUUAAGGAAAUAACUGUAAUUGUUACUUGUUGAAUCUCUUCGACUGAAGUAUCGUUAGGCCCAGUAAUAGAUAGUUUUUCUACAAUUUUCGCGAUAGCAAAUUUUUGUGGCAUAGAUUAUCGCUUCUUAAUACUAAUGUCUAAAUUGGCGUCAUGGUCGGGGUGGAGCAUUGUCAUUUGACAUUUGAUCAAAAAUCUCGAAAACCAUAGAUCGUAUGUAAAAAAGUAAUAGAAACAAUUUUGUAGGAAAUUACAUUCUUUAUCGUUUCGCUUCUAUACGAAUUUGCCAUAUAGUCAACGGGUUACGAGAAAUUUAACUGUAAAGGUACCGUAAACCGGGGUAACUUUGGUACGGUUUUUCAAGUUUUUUUUUAAUUAAACAUGAUCUUGCAAAAAUAACUGGGCUUUGAGUAUUGAAGGGUAAUGUACCAACACUCCCAAGAAUACAAUAGCACAAAAACAUCAUUAAUUUAUUUUGUAAGUUGACAUAUUUGGCCUUAAAUGUGUCCCAAUGUUACCCCCCAUUUGGGAUAACUUUGGUACAUUAGCUGUUUAUAUGAAUAUUUCAACGUCAUGGGCCUGCGUCCUAAAGAUAGACAUUGCUGAACCAAAGAAAAAUGAAAUGGCAAGCAAAAAACAUAUUUUUGCUAUUUUUUAUUUAUAGUAGGGGGCAAAAGAACAGGAUUAAAGUCUCUUAAGGAGCUUUUAUUGCUAGAUAAGUACAUAAAAAAGAAGUUUUAAUAUUUCAAAUCAUUACAAGUUUGAAUACACAAGAAAAUAAAAAUUAAAAUGACAUGCCUUAAAUAAGGAAUAAAUCUAAAAUCAAACAAACAUAUUUUCCUUAAUUCUGGAACAUCGAAAACUUCUCGAUGUCCACGACGUUCAGGUGUUUUUGUAGCCAUUAUUAUUUCUUGGUUGCUAUAAAAUAUUUCAUCUUUGUGAUUUGGCCAUUUCCAUUGCUUUCCAUAGGGUGUCAUAACAUUGACCAUCGCUCCAAGUUUAAAAGCUUUCGUGAUUUCUCCAGUGUAAUAUUUUUUUGACUCUAUCUGGUUCGGCACUGACUUCAUAUGACAGUUCAGAAUUGUAAGGGCUAUCGUCUGUUUUUGCAUAUUUAAUACUCUGAAUGCUACUAUCUGAGCUCUGUGAAUCAUUUUUUGUUUUUUUAGAUUUCUGGCUUUUUAUUUCAAAUACAGGUAAGCUGUUGUCAGAAUCUGAACCUCUAGAAGGCUCUUGUAUGCUCCUCAUGUUCUGGAUUCCAGACGUGGAGGGCUGCGGCGAAUUGUUGGGAGGCUCCGUGGAGGAGGCAUUCUGUACAUCAGCAACCGUUAUCCCUUUACCAAGAGACACUUGAAGUUUCUUACUUCUACGAAUACGGGGUGCUGUGAUUUCGUGACGUAUUUGAGCAAGAUGUUCCAAAAGGCUUUCGCCAACAACUUUUUUUAUUGCAGGGUCGUCAGCCACCACAUUUCCGUGCAAUCUACUCAAAACGACUUCCUUAUUAAAAGGGAAAAUUCCAUAUUUUCUGAAUCCAGAUUUAAGAUUCUCAGCACUGCGCUCUUCCAAUCUUGUCAACAGAGUUUUUAAGAGCCUAAGAAAGGUAUCCUUUGGUAUUCCCCUAAAACGACAUCCUUCAGCCGUGUUCUUCCAGUCAUUUAGAAUUUGUCUCCAGUUUCUCUUCAUAGGACGGAAUUAUACUACAUCCAGCGGCUGCAGGAGAUGCGUACUAUUUGGAGGCAGUGCAAUAAAUCUCAUAUUAUUCAAUUCGCACUGUCUGAUCAACUCCACAUUGAGGUGGGAACUAAGGUUGUCCCCAAUUAAAAUUUUACGACCCUCUUUUCGUUUUAGAAUUGGGAGAAUUAAAUUAAUAAACCAAUCCUCAAGUACUUGGAAGUCGAACCAUCCAGUACUCGUACGGUUAUAACGGGCAUUUAAUGGACCAUCUUCCUCGGCAUUUCUGCGAAGCAUAAGAGAUGUACAUGCUUUCGAAGAAUUGCGAAUCUUCUCAGGGUACUUGGUCCCCCUCCUUGUAAUAACUUUGGAUCGGCUCGGAUCAUCGACGAUAUUUGUUUCGUCGUAAUUAUAGAUGUUUGCUGGAGAGACCCCUUCCAGCUCAAUUUAGAGAUUAUCAAAGUACUCGUUAAUCACAGCCUCGUCUAUACCUGCUUGUGCGUGCGAAAUAUUUUGGGAUAACCUUUGACUAAGUUCUGAUCUGCGCUUUAAAAAUGAAGCUACCCGAUCAGGACCUGUUGUUAAAACAUGAAACUUUUCUUUCCUGCCUAUCCAAGUAAGCCUUAACACAAACUUUUAAGUCUUCAGCUGUUACUGGAAAACCAAAGGAAGAUAAAGCAAUUAAAUGUCCAGGGAAUGAUUCUUCUUCAUCUUCCGAGAAGACCGUCGGCUUACCAUGUCUACGAGUAUGCUUUCCAUGGAUUUUGUUCCAUAAAGUGUUUUUCGCUAUCUGAUACUUUUUUGUUGAAGUUUUUCUUCUGUAUAAUUUUUAUAAUUUCGCGCACCAAGUAGACGCUGUGACUUGCGAGGCAUUAUUAGUUCUGAAAGAGAUAAACAUAAGCUAUACAGAAUUAGAGUCAGUGUAACUUUGGUACACUAUGUGUUUUAAAUUAGAUUCCACAGCAAACGUCUGCAGUCUAACUUUGGGACAUGUACCAAAGUUACCUCCACAUAUUACCAUUUUAUAUGUAAACAAAGAUAAUAUUUUUUGGUGUCGAUUAUUUGCUUCGCUAUAUUAUCAAAACAUAUCCCAAAUAUAUCUACAUAAGAUGUACUUACCAAAAAUAAAGUGGCUUUAACCGUUUUGGCUGCACAAUGGAAAGUUUACAGAGAAUUGAAAAAUGCGUGUAACGACGUGUUGCAGCUAAAAAUUUACUGCUGUUGCCGGAACAAAUCUACUGUUGCCAAACUCACUAUUUUUUCUUAUUAUUAUCUUAUAAACAAGAUUGAAUACCAAAAGUUGUCAUAUUUGCGGCUUAAAUAUUUUUGUAAGGUAAAGUGGGGAAAAAAUAGCAGGUGACAGCGGAACGGAAAAGU